UUGGUUCGGAAGCGUUUCAGAUUUAAGCAAUAGCGCCCAGCAUCAAUUGGGAAGGUAGAACGGCCUAAUCCAGUCUGCAAAAGGAAACAUGGAGUUCUUCUUUAAAGGUUUAAGUGAAGAGACACUGUUGAAUGAGCAAUGCAAUGAUCUUCCUGACAUUCAAAGAUGUCCAUUCCUAAGGAACAUUAAUGAGCACACCAACUUUUCCUUCUCUCCAAGGAAUUUCCCCUUGCCUAGACGGGGAGCCAAAGGUCCAAUCUUUGAAGAUGGUCCUAACUUUGAUAUGGCAUUUAGGCUUUUCCAUGGGAAGGAUGGUGUAGUCCCCCUCUCAGGCAGGUCAUAUUCUCAUUCUGAGAAUAUGGAGCCUGAGCCUGAGACUGCUGCCCCAUUUAAUCCCCUAGCAGCGAAAGCCGCUACUAUCAGUCUCUCAGCAUUUGGGCCAGGAGGUCCCUUCAGCUUCAAUUCCUUUUCUGAGAUGUGGAAGAACCAGGAAAGAAAAUCCAAUUCAGCCAAGAAGAAGAAACCUUCUUCAGAAGCGCAGGGCAAUGACUCUUCAAACCAUGAGGCACUGAGUAAUGAAUGGCUUGAGACUGGUAACUGCCCAAUUGCUAAGUCUUACAGGGCUGUAAGCCAUGUUGUGCCAAUUGUUGCAAAAGCUCUUCAACCACCUCCAGGCAUGAAAUUUAAGUGCCCACCUGCAAUAGUUGCAGCCCGAGCUGCGCUGGCUCGUACGUCCUUUGUGAAGACCCUCCGCCCCCAGGCUUUAUCAUCAAAGAUGCUUGUGAUUGGUUUAUUGGGCAUGGCAGCUAAUGUACCGCUCGGUAUAUGGAGGGAGCACACGCGUAAAUUUUCGCCAUCAUGGUUUGUUGCAGUGCAUGCAGCUGUGCCAUUCAUAGCUAUGCUAAGGAAGUCCGUUCUGAUGCCCAAGACGGCCAUGGCUUUCACCAUUGCAGCCUCAAUCUUAGGUCAGGUUAUUGGUUCCAGAGCUGAACGGAUCCGCCUGAAAUCAAUAGCUCAGAGGGCAGAGUUGCUGUCACAAAGAGAGACUACAAAAGUUGUCGUUGGCAAGCCCACUCCAGGGCAGGUUGGUGGCAUUACAUCUGGACACUGUGGGGCACAGGAGAUUAAAUGGGACCUGCUUCCAUUCAAGCCAGCUGAGACUUCCUCUGCUGAUGUUUGUUUCUGAUUUUGAAUGCUGAGCCAUCUUAUUUAGUUUCAGUCAUUUGAAAGACUAGACUUCCACAUGUAGGAAGAUAUCAUUGGCUGCAGUUGGGGAAGAAGGGAAAAAGAAAAUAACUAGAGAGAAUAAACGAAAAACGACAUGUUCUUACUUAUAAUGAUCUAUGCUUAUGUUUUCAUUUGUUUUA